CCUGGGAGACUCGCGUGGUAGUUUAUCUACCCGUGCAGUGUGCUGCUCUAAGCAAGCAGGCUGGGGCAAAUAGAUCUAUACGGGGGCAAGAAAGGAGUAAUAUUUACUGUCUAAAGGGAACAAGAUUUAGUUAUAGCGACAAAUAGGCAAUUUACACUUAUUAGCCAGGAAUAAGACAUUUAUUAGAGGGGAAAAUAGUGGUCUAUGUAAGGAUUAGGGCUGGAUACGAACUUAGUUUAGGGCACUAGGCGGCUCUGUGUUUAAGGGAAGGAUAAGGAUUUUAGCACGAGGGGAGCAGGGCAGGAGAGGGGUCAGAAUAUUGUGGUAACAAGCAAUAGAGGUUCGUGCCCAGGAGAAAGGCCGUAUAGAGGUCAGUACAUAGGAAGAACCAGGUGCAGGGCCACCGGGGCACAUUGCUUUACCUUUAGCCUUUGGAUCUGCACCACCUUCUACCCCACACAGUACCCUUACUGAAAAUGCUCUUCUGGCACACACAGCCUGAGCACUACAACCAGCACCCGAGCGGCAGUUACCUGCGUGACAUCCUUGCACUACCAGUAUUUAAGCAAGAGGAGCCUCAGCUUUCUCCUGAAAAUGAUUCCAAGCUGCCUCCUUUCCAGUAUGUCCUGUGUUCAGCAACUUCCCCUGCUGUUAAGUUACACGAAGAGACCUUGACCUAUCUCAAUCAAGGACAAUCUUAUGAAAUCCGGCUCCUUGACAACAGAAAAUUGGGAGACUUCCAAGAACUAAAUACCAGAUAUGUUAAGAGUAUCAUUCGGGUUGUUUUCCAUGACCGGCGGUUGCAGUACACAGAGCAUCAGCAGUUGGAAGGCUGGCGGUGGAGUAGACCAGGAGACCGCAUCUUGGAUAUAGAUAUCCCAUUGUCAGUUGGUAUAUUGGAUCCCAGAGCUAGCCCAACACAGCUCAACACUGUAGAAUUCCUGUGGGAUCCAUCCAAGCGAUCUUCAGCUUCUAUUCAGGUACAUUGUAUCAGUACAGAAUUUACUCCCAGAAAACAUGGAGGUGAGAAGGGCGUCCCUUUUCGGAUUCAGAUUGACACUUUUAAACAAAAUGAAAAUGGGGAAUACACAGAGCACCUGCACUCUGCCAGCUGUCAGAUCAAAGUGUUUAAGCCUAAGGGUGCUGAUCGGAAACAAAAGACUGACCGUGAGAAGAUGGAAAAGAGAACUGCUCAAGAAAAGGAGAAAUACCAGCCAUCCUUUGACACUACAAUAUUGACAGAGUGUUCGCCGUGGCCAGAUUUGCCAUAUCAAAGCAAUCAAUCCUCAUCCCCAGGAUACAACAGUUCUCCAAACAGUUUCAGCAUUGGAGAUGGGAAUUGUUCCCCAACCCCACAAGUAGAGCCUCCUCCACUGAGAAAUGAUAAAACUGCUCUUGGAGUACAAAAUGAAGUUUGGAAUCGGGAUGAAAAAAAACCUCUUCUUCCUAACGCAUCCAUUCAAGAAGUUCAGCAGUGGUUGCAGCGCAAUAGAUUCCCUCAGUAUUGCAGACUUUUCUCUAAUUUCUCUGGUGCAGACUUAUUAAAGAUGUCAAAAGAAGACUUUGUGCAAGUUUGUGGAGCUGCAGAUGGAAUUAGACUCUGGAAUGCAGUUAAAGCAAGGAAUGUGCGACCUCGACUGACUAUUUAUGUAUCUCAUGAACAAGAACAGAAUAGGUCCCUCCUGCAGCAGAAAAGGGAGCAUGGUGACCCUACAAUAUGUGUGUACCAUGCAAUUUUCUUGGAAGAGCUGACUUCCCUGGAGCUGAUAGAGAAGAUUGCCAACUUGUAUUCUGUGGCACCUCAGCAAAUAAAUCAGAUUUAUAGGCAAGGUCCAACUGGGAUCCAUGUGGUGGUGAGCACAGAGAUGGUGCAGAAUUUCCAGGAUGAAUCCUGUUUUAUAAUCAACGCUCUUAAAGCAGAAAAUAAUUCUGGAUACAAUAUAAUUUUAAAGUGAAGAAACUGAACUUUGCACUGUGAAACAUAAUUUUCUUCCCGGCCUUUUGACGAUGUGCACACAAGUAUUAAAGGGCCAGUGAACAAAAAAACUGCUUUGAUUCUUGCCAAUCCUGCCACGCAAAGAAGCUGAAUGUAAAUUGUCCUAAAUUUAAAUGGGAAUUGGUCCUUGUACUAACAUUUAUUCACUGCAAUUAUUGUAAUGGAAAAUAUGCUUCUUCUGAUAAGGUUUUGAUCUACUGGAUGAAUGCUACACACUAUGGUUUUGCAAAUAAUGGAAUCCAACCUGUGGCAAUACACAGUCAUCUCUAAAUAAGUGAAUAUCUUAUGUUCCUUCUGUGUUUGAGAUAUAUAUAUAUAUAUAUAUGUAUGUAUGUAUAUAUAUAUAUAUAUAUAUAUAUAUAUAUAUAAAAAUAAAUUCAAACUGCAGAAAGAAACGUUUGUGUAUGUUAUGUAGAUAUGUAUAUCCCAGUGAGAUAGUGAUUUUCUUUUUAUAUUUUAAUGAAGUGGCAUAAGUUGCCUUUGUCUGAAAAACACUUGAAUGUCCCAGAGGUUUUUUUAAAACAAACACUAAAGUAUAACUGCACUCAUGAACUCUUGUAUUUAGCACUGCUGGUAGCAUCACUGGCUAUAGUUGUAGAAGAAACAUUCUACCAGUGUGAUUACAAUUGUUAACUGGCUAUGAAAGAAGAAAGCUCACCAAACAUGGCAUUUAAGGGGAGGAACCUGCAAUAUUUGAUCAGCUAAAGCUGUUAUAAACCAAAUGGCCAUACAGUCAAAAUAAACCUGCAUCAAAUGCACAGAUUUCCCGGCAUUGUGCUGAUAAAAUAAUGAUAAAACACUGUAGAAUGUUCUUAAGUUCUUUACAUUUUAGAGUACAUAAAAAACUUUAAUAAGUUAGUUGUAGAGAAGAUGCCAGUUAUGGCCUUCACAAUAAAGAAUGUUUGUAUCACUGCCGUUUGAAAAAAAUACAAAAGGAAUUCUUGUAUGCGUCUAAAAUUUACAGUUGACAGUAAUUUUACAGAAUAGGUGAUACCCUAUAUGCGGUAUCGUCGUGAUGUUGCUCAUAGAAAUUCAGAAUAAUGUAUUCCUAAUUAACUGUUUUUAUCUAGAGUUUUAGUGGAUACAGAUGGCAAAAUAUAUUUUGAAGAAUUAUUACACACCUAAAUGAAAAAGAAAUAGUAUUAGGAAACAACAAUCCUUCCUUCUCCUACUCUCUUCUUUUUUUCUUUCUUUUUUUUUUUUUUAAGUUUCUAUCCCCAAGCAUUUCUCGCAACUUUAAAUACUAAAUAUUUUUCUAGUUUCUUAAUUGUUUUAUUAUUAAAGGACCAUUAAAUACAGUAUCAUUGCCUAAUCAGCAAAUGCAUUAUAAAAGUGAAAGCAAUAACUCUUGCUCUGAAUUUCAAUAGAGCAGUAGAUUUUAUUUUUCUGACAAAUUUUGAAAUUUCUUCCAUUUCCCUGCCCCUGUUUUCAUGUGACAGCUAUCAGCCAACCACGUUCAGUAAGAGCUGGUACCUUCAAAGUGUGCAUAUAAAACGCUGUGGCUGUUGUAUUUUUUUUUUUUUUUUAAUGACUUGCCUUAUCUUGAAAGAAGAAUUUUCGCUUUGGUGGCACUUCAUUUUUUUUUUAACAAUCAAAUUGAUAAAUCUAUUUUUUUUUUUUUAAUUCAGAAAUGGAAGAAAUGUAACGCUAUUAAGAAUAAACAAAUAUGCAGUGUUCCGCAUUUGCCAUAUAUAUAUAUAUAUAUAUAUAUAUAUAUAUAUAUAUAAAGCUUUCUAAAUUAUGAAAUUCCUCUCUAAAAUAUUGGAAAGAAUGUUAUAUCAUACUGUUACAGUGAUGCUUUCAUCUGGAAAUCAAUUAAAUAAAUUAAAGACUGUUUUUUUUUAUUAAACCAUGAAGGAUGGGCUAGAUUAUCUCAUUAACGUUUAGGGCAUUUAUUUUUUAAUUAAGCACCAUCUGAAGAUAUGUAGCAGAUUUAUUUUUUUAAUCUUCCUUAGCACUGGCUGCCUUGUGGUACUGAACUACAAACUGUAUAUAUUUUUGUAUUUGUGUAAGUAGCAGAAUGUUUUUUUUACAACUUGCUCAGGUUAAUUUUUUUUUUCUUUGAGAAGAUUCAGUAAAAAAGUAGUAUAAAAAAUGAAUUUCUACAAGUCCAUAGAGCCAACAUUUAUUAUAGAUUUUUUUUGUUUGCUUUGGAAGGGUCUGUCAAAAUAUUUAUUUAAUUUUUAAGGCCCAGAGACAACUGAAUAAUCAUUUUGAAAUUAAUGGGAUAUACAGCCCCAGCAUACUAGUUUAAUGGAUUUUGCAACAUAUAUGCAUUAAACAGGCUGUUUUUGCAUCAAUAUUAGCACCUUAUGUAAGAGCUAUGUGCCCUUCUAACGUAUGCAACUGUCAAUUGCAGGAGUACUUUCCCGUUAAUAGGGUAGAUUUAUUAUGCAGCGGAUGCUGCAUUCUACGCCGAUAGUUUCAGGUCCGCCUGAAACGUACGUUAAGAAGCAGCGGCUUUUAGACCGCUGCUCAACUUCUCCGCCACCUUUUUGCGACCCCCUGCUAGCGGCCUAUUGGCCGCCGGUGAGCAGGGGGCGGCAUUGCACAAGCAUUUCACUAGAAAAUCUUAAAAGUGCAUUGCGGUAGUAUUUAACUUUUAUGUCCCUUUAAUUUGUACUGUUCUAAUACUUUAGUUGAGUCAGUUCACAUCCCUGUGUUGUAGCGGUUUGUCUUUUGCACUAAUAACAUCAGUUUAUUUUCAGGUUUUUUUUGUUAUUUAUCCACACAACACAUAGUCCCCAUUUUCAGCAAACUAUAAGAACUAAGAACAUAGUUUAGUUUGUAUUUAUUUAUUUAUUUUUUAAUAGACUCCAUACAAGUGCAUUUCAUAAGCAACAUCAAGGGCGAAAAUAAUUUCUUAUUAUUUCAAGCACACACCACAGACAGUCUACACCAGAAGUUUUAUUGUUUUAAAAGAUAGAUAAUCCCUUUAUUACCCAUUCCCCAGUUUUGCAUAACCAACACAGUUAUAUUAAUAUACUUUUUACCUCUGUUAAAACCUUGUAUCUAAGCAUCUUCUGACAGCCCCCUGAUCACAUUACAUUUUAUUUAUCUAUUGACUUGCAUUUUAGCCAAUUGGUGCAGUGUCUGCCACAAGCCACAGGCGUUAUCACAAUGUUAUCUAUAAGGCUCACAUGAACUAGCAGUCCUCUGUUGUGAAAAGCUAAUAAAAAAAGUUUGUGAUAAGAGGCUGUCUGUAGUGGUUUAGAAACAGGCAGACAUUUAGAGGUUUAAAUGUUAUAAAGUAUAUUAAUAUAACAAUGUUGGUUGUGCAAAGCUUGGGGGAUGAUUAGUAAAGGUGUUAUCUAACUUUUUAAACAAUUACAAUUUUAGUGUUGACUGUACCUUUUAGCUUUCCCAAACAGAUAUCUUUAGGAUCCUAUACUUAGGUUUUUCAAUAAAUCAUAAAAAUUAGAUUUUGUUUGUCACUCUGCAAUAUCUUGUAAUUUUAUGUGGAUAAGUAGGAAUAAAAUAUCGAACCAUAAAAAGGAACUAUAUUUUAAACUAGCCAAAACCUAGGUGUAUGUAUCCAUACUCAUUUGCAUUAUUGAAUGCUAUGGGGGGGGGGGAAAGCAGAACAUUUUAAUUUGUAUCUAGAUUUUCACAAAAAAUAUAGUGCUUUGAGUCCAACACGUAGAAAAGCGCCAUAUAAUUUCUUGUUUUUAUUCACCCAGUUUUCAUAUUUGUUUGAUUGCCAGCAUGUUUGUAUUAGCUCAUGCAAACAAUUAUCUAUUAAGCAAAAAAAUAAGGCAAACCAUUCUUGCAACUUCAUCAUUGUUACUAUAAAAACAUGAAAUGAGGGGUCUUAUAAUGAUGGGUUUCAGAUUCCCCCCCAGACACAUACACACACAAAAGUCCAAUGUGAUACAGGACCACUUAUUUGAAAGAGAAGGAUUGUUUUUACAUAUAAAGUUUCACCUCCUCCUAUAUAAUGUGUUAAAUGGUAAAGGGGCUACCUAAUUCCCAUUCUUUUGUUCCAUCUGGUUAUGACAGCGCCUCUAUCAAAAGAUAAGUUAGUUUGCCAAUUUUAGCUCUUAGAUGUGGUCCCUUUUUGGAAUCCAACACACACCCUAAGUCACCUAAUAAAUACAAUUGCAUUUCCUCUGUCCUUAAAUGGACAUAAAACAAGUUGGGAUAGAGACAAAAUAUAAUACGUACUUUAAUUACUUUACCUGCAAAUUUAUACUGCAGUGCCUCGCCAUUAACCCUUUCUAGUUUCUGAAUUGUUAUGCUCUAACUCCCCCCACACAAUUCCUUUUAUGGCUGUAUCUAUAUCUAUUGUUGCUUUUGGUAGAAUACAAAAAAUGCAUAGGGAUUAUCUGCUGGAGCAUGUCUAGAAGCUGUGAACUCAGUUGAAAUACAAUGCCUGUGUCUAAACACUGAUAAGGGUGGGUGGAGUUGGCUGCUCAAGGCAGCUUAGCUAUGAAAUUCAUUUUACUUAUUUUUGAAAAUUAUUUUAAAAUACUUGCCAGUAAUUUUUAUGCAAACUAUUUUAAAUGAAUUAUCCCUUUUAGGAUAUGCACAGAUCUCAACCUGUUUUAUGUCCCUUUAACCUGCUUCCUACAGGAGCAAGAUGCCUCUCAAUUGAAAGAGGGAUAUGGCGUGUGUGUAUAGUUUAAAGCAAACCUAAACUAAUUACUAGAGAACAUGUUGAUUGUUUGUUAUAUGGUGGUAUUGUUUUAUUAAAGGGAGAAAACCCCCCACUACAACCACUUUCGAUACAAGUUUAGUCGCGUGCAUGCUAAAUGUUCUAGGACCUUAUACUGAAGGGAUUUUUUUUUUUGUCAAGACACUGAAUAUUGUGUGUUUAUUUUAGAAAUUGAGCAUGUGUUAUGUGCUCCUUUUUUCUUCAUUUCCAUAUCACUACAUUUAGUGUAUCACUUAUAAUUUCCCUACCUAAUGGUUCUCUAAUGUAGAUUACCAAUGGUGCUCAAAGAGUUAAACACAAUAGGUGCAGGUUGCCUGUAAACAUCCUUACUUAAUAAGACAUUGAACAGCAUAUUAUUGAGCUUCUUCCCCACCUCCCUCCAGUCAUGUGUGUUGACAUCUAUCGUUCACUACAUUCCAGUGGUGACCCGUUUGCACAUGUGCAGUAACUCAUUCAGAUACCUGCAAUGUAACCUAGGCUCCAAAAUGGCAGCACCCGUGAUCAGAGGGAGGUGUAUAAAACUUUAUUUAGUGUUUAACAUCCCUUUUAACCUUGGGAAGAGUAAGGUAAUAUAUUUGUGCUGCUGGUCCAGACUAGAUACUAAUCUGUUAUCACUUUCCAAUAAAUCUACACUUGACUACCACAGUACAGUGCUCUUUUUUAUAAUACUCCCUUAGACAUUUUGUUUAUUAAUAUACAUUGAAAAUUUGAAUUGUGAUGGGUGACAGGUGAAGGAUUCUGUAUAUGAUUUCUACUAAUAUGUAUGUGCUCAGCAGGCCUGAGUACAAAGGUUUCUGAAUUGCUUUAUAUUCUGUAUAUGUCUGGUGAAUUGGAUCAGUAACUUUCGUUUCUUCUACAAUAAACUUUAUACUGUGAGGAAAAUAAACCCUAUCUUUAUUUAGUGUGGAUUAUCCCAAUGUGUUUAUAUCAGGGUGUUAGGUGCCUUCUGAUGUACGAGAUUUUAAUUUUUUUUGUUCUGUUGCUUAAAUCUGAUAUUUUAUUUCGUAUUCAUUUACUUAUGUGUCAAUCUUUCUGUACCCUUCUUGAAUUUUCUGCCCGUGUAAAUCUUUUUUUUGUGACCUGUCCCUUGCAAUUGUUUUGCUUCUGGUUAUUUUUCAGUGGUAUCCAGCAUCUGUUGGGCUGGAAAUAUUUAGCAAAUCUGCAUUUAUACCCUUUCUGUGUAAAGAGAUGAAAGUGUAGAUUUGUCGGGGUGGAUGGACUGAACCAGUUAUUAAUUACUGCCAUUCUUUUUGUACAUGCAGUGGUGGGGGACGACAUUUUGCACUGGCUAUUUACUAUUGUACAAAGAAAUAUCCUGUAAACUGGAAUCUGUCAUUCAAAUAAAGUUGUUUGUAAAAAAUAAAAUAAGAAAAAUA